UGGGGGAUGUAGUUUUACAACAACAAAACAUUACCCAGAAUGCAAUAGCCUACGGGAAAUACCAGGCGGGUAAUAAGAAAAGUAACACCAUGAGAAAACUCAUCUUGCGACAUUUGACAGUUGUAAAAAUAUAAAGCACAAUUUUAGUGACGCGGAAAAAUAACACGUCAGUUGAUUAUUUCCCGUUAGUCGAUAGCAUCAUUUGGGAAAGCCGAAUUCUGGAUCGUAUUCUCAGUAAAGACGACAACGUGGAUUCGGCCCUCACGCGGGCAUCUCUGAAGGCUAACGUGUUAGCUGGAAUGCUAGUCAUGAGUGGCUGAAGAACUAAAGUUAAACGACAGUUGGUGUUGAGUGUUUACCUCCUAAGACAAAAUGUCUGGCUUCAACUUUGGAUCGGGGGCCACCAACACUGGUGGGGGAUUUGCAUUUGGUGCCACAGCAAGUGCACCUGCGGCCAACACUGGCGGCUUCUCGAUCGGAGGUGCUCUGGGCACAGCAGGCACAACACUGGGCGCUGCCACCAGCACCCCGGCCUCAUCUCUGGGUCUGGGAGGCUCUCUCUUUGGUCAGAAAACUGCAGGGUUCUCUUUCAACACCCCCGCAUCAAGCGCCGCCGCCGCACCCACCACUGGCCUUACAUUAGGUGCUCCGGCAGCUACAGCUGCGUCCACUGGCUUCAGCUUGGCCUUCAACAAGCCCACCGGCUCAGCCGCCCCCUUCUCCCUCACCACUGCUCCCACCUCCUCAGCGGCCCCUGCAGGGGCAGGUUUAUCAUUUGGCUCUGUCCUGACAGGCACAGCUCCCCAGCAGCCCGCGGGAGGCUUCUCGCUGGGUCUGGGCUCAACGAUGACCACAGCGGCAGCAUCGACAGGCCAAUCGCUGGGCGGGAGUCUCUUCUCCAACACUUUGUCUACAGGUUUGGGUCAGACCACUCUUGGAGGAGGCGGGUUAACGUUGGGUUCUCUAUUGGCUGCAUCCACAUCCAUAUCAGCGGCCCCGGCCCCAAGUAUGGGCCUGGGCGGAGUCGACUUCACUACUUCCUCCGAGAGUAAGAGCGACCCGUCGUCUGGAGCCAAUGCAAAGGACAGCAAAGCUUUGAAAGAUGAGAACCUCCCUCCGGUUAUUUGUCAAGAUGUUGAGAAUUUCCAAAAAUUUGUGAAAGACCAGAAACAAGUUGAAGAAGACAUCAGCAGGAUGUCCUCAAAGGGCAUUUCUAAAGUCCAAGAUGACAUCAAGAGCCUCAAACAGCUUCUCUCUGUCAGUGCCAGUGGCCUACAGCGCCAAGCUCUUGCCAUCGAAAAGCUGAAGCUGGAGACGGCACAGGAGCUGAAAAAUGCAGAAAUAUCAUUACGUACACAAAAGACUCCCCCCGGACUUCAGCAUGAGAACACCGCUCCGUCAGAUUAUUUCCACAGCCUGGUCGAGCAGUUCGAGGUGCAGUUGCAGCAGUAUCGGCAGCAGAUAGAAGAACUGGAGAACCACCUGACGACGCAGAGCAGUGGCUCCCACAUCACUCCUCAGGACCUGACGUUGGCCAUGCAGAAGUUGUACCAGACAUUCGUCGCACAGGCGGCCCAGCUCCAGUCCGUUCAUGAGAAUGUCAAGAUCUUAAAGCACCAGUACCUUUCGUACCGCCGGGCCUUCCUGGAAGACUCAACAGAUGUCUUUGAGUCCAAACGGGCAUCGAACAGGAAGUGGCAGAGUGCUCCGCGAAUCACCACCGGGCCCGCACCGUUCUCCAAUGUUCCCAACGCUGCAGCAGUUGCCAUGGCAGCCACGUUGACCCAGCAACAGCAGCCAACUCCAGGGACCCAGGCACCCUUGGGGGCGGGGUUUGGAAACCCCUUUGCUUCGGCAGUGGGCAGUAGCUUGGGCUCUUCUACCCUUGGAGGUUUUGGUGGUGGGCCAGGAUUUGGUGGGGUGGGGACUGGGGGGUCUUCUUUUGCCUUCUCCACCAGUAAGCCCACAGGAGGCAGUCUGAGUGCAGGUUUCGGUAGCAGCAGCAGCUCAGGCUUUAACUUCAGUAACCCGGGCCUCAACCCCUCGGCUGGCCUGACCUUCGGUGUGUCUAACCAAGCCACUACGGGCUUUGGUGCUGCUCCCCUCCUCCAGCUCAAGAAACCCCCCGCUGGUAAUAAACGGGGCAAGAGAUAAAACCAAGAGUCAAAUCCCCUGACAGGCCAGCUGACUAACGGGUUUGUAUCAAGUAAGGCCUGGUCUCCCAAAAGCUAACAAGUGCUCUAUUAAUCACUAUCCAACUACAAAACAAUCAUUUACAUUGAGAAAAUCAGCAGGGAUCAAAUUGAAACCACAAUACAGAAACUCAUGUUUAAAAUCACACGACUGUUUACACGUUCAGAUAAAAACGUUAUUGGUCGUACAUUCUGUAUUGUCCAUCAAUUUUAAUCCGAAUUGACAUCCCGUGCCAUUAUUACCUCUGUUGUUGAUACAUAAAGUUGUCGUAGUUCACAUCCUCCUGUUAGAUUAGACCGUUUAAUUGCAUUGCUUCUCUCUUAUCUGCAACCUGCGGAUAUAUGUGGUAGAUAGUGGAGUGCAUCAAAAUGGCGUUUGCAUCAUUUUAAACAUUAUUUUCCCCGUUUGCGUUAAAUCCAUAAUGUUUAGCGCUGCAAAGCUUUUGGGAAUGCCAGCCAUGAACACAGCUGGCUCAAUGACAAAUAGUUCAGCUCUCUGCGAGGAGAUGUGUUUUUGUGCUUUGAGGUCAAGAGAGCAUUUGGUUUCAUUGAGUUAAAGAAACUGUUGAUCGCUUAGCUGCACUUGAACUCCUAAAAUGGUCAAUUGGCCCGAGCCACGUCCAGGGAAGGGUAAGAUUCCAUUUAAGGAAAGAAGUUUAGUGGGUUUGGAACAGUGUAGUUGCUGCGUACGGUGUCCAACCGGAGUAUUAUGUGAUCCCAGGUGCUUUGUUUAGGCACAGGACAGUCCAGGGGAGUUUGGGGGAAGCACAGUUUUAUUUUUCUAUUAAGCGGAGUAAGAGAAGACGUAUGGGAGGAGUAAAAGGGUACCAGCACCUUGAGAUAGUCCAUAAUAUAGUCCACAUGAUCUGUGUUGUUUUGCUAAAGUCCAUCCUUCCAUCAUUGUUUCGUGGUUGCGUUUUCGACCCCUUUAGUUUGCCAUAAUGUAAGAACAUGGGAGAGGAAACGCUGUGGUGUUUGUAUUACAUGGCUCCCAUCAUAUGAAAAGCUGGUUGAACCUGGAGAGGAUUUUACAAGAAGAUUCUAGCUGCUCAAACCUAUUUGUGUGCUAGAAGAGAUUGGCACAGGUCUUUGUAUAUGACCUGACAGUGCUUGUGUGAAUGUGCAUGCUUAUCGCACAAGAAUGAAUUUGUCUCUGUGAUCUUUCAUAAUUGCUGACUUCUUUUGAGUGUCAAGAAUAAUGGGGAAAUUCUUUUUUUCUUUUAAUUGUCCAUUUCUGUUCAGUUACCAAAUACUGGGAGAUGUGCUAUUAUUUACGAAUCACUGUCAGUGUAAACAUUAUUUUCAAGAAGCUGUUUAUUAAUA